AAAACUUAAAUCUAAAGAUAAAAGAAUUGAAAAUAGAUUAAUUGAAUUAGAAUAUAAAUUAGAGAAUAACUUUGAUUUUAAGAAUGAAAAGAUCUUUAAAAAAGAUACAAUUAAAGGGGCUGCUAAAGAAUUAAUUACUUAUACAAUAUAUUCUGAUAUAAAGAAUUAA